AUGAGUGGAAAGGAGUUCACGGAUUUAUUGGUGGCGUAUAUAAGAAGUAGACGAAUCCAGGGAGAUCAAGGCGAUGGACAGGAUUUUAGCGAGAAAAUAUGGACGGAUAUGAAGAGUAUGUUCAGCGAAUUAGGUGCAUACUUGAAUGAGAAACGAUACGACAUUACGAUACAAACAAUAUGUACGAACAAAGAAUUGCGGCCUGCGUAUCUUGGGGAUAAUUUAAGUAGAUUACUAUGCAUGGAGGUCGGGAAAAUAUUUUAUUAUAUGGAAGGAUUGAAUAAAAAAGGAACCGCACAGAGUACUACGAAUGAAGGAGACCGCGAGCUGUGGAACUACGUAAGGUGCAUGAUAGGGACCGUGGCCCUUAUCAAGUUAUAUGGGAAGCAGUGUAAAAUAAAAGAAAUAACGGAACAUGUUUCCACAUUCAUGCGUCCGCUGGAGGAAGCGCUCCGUGUUGGCACUAAUAGAGACAACUGUGAUUGGGUUAAUUUUGAGCAAUUAAAAAUUGGGACGAGGUUCUUGGGGCAGGUAAUGGACGAAUGGGUUACAGAAUGGAGGACACGACAACACAGAAUAACUGCAGGGAACCAGGCGCCAGUAUGUACCAGAAACAGGGGAAAAGAAGGUACAGAUGAUGCAGGGCAACAGGCUAAGGAGGGAAAUAGUAUUGACAUAUUAGACACUAACAACCUGGCAACAGCGACGGAGUGGAUGGAUAAGAGAGAGUAUAUGAAGAAGAGUGACGUGAAGGAAUUGAUCAAGAAAGAAGGAGGGAGUAAGAACAGUACGGAAGGUAAAAACAUAUUGAACACGGAAAUAGACAAAUGGCAGGAGGAAAGGAAGAACGGACCGGAUAAAGCAACAGCACGGGCGGACAUGCCGGCAGAGGCAGGUGGAGGACCAAACGGGGUACAGGCAACAUUACCACCAACAACAUCAACAUCACAAGCACCGGGCAUGUCAGCCACCGGUAAUACAGGUACUGCAAGUGGCGCCAUCGAUCCCGCCACGGAGGCUACUGAGCCAGCUGAAAAACUACCACCAGGGGAACCGCCAGGUUCAGGGGCCGCUAAGCCUGUGGCACCAAAACCGGCAGCACCCGGGGGAUCAGGCGCAGUAGGCCACGGACCGGGUCAGGGACCAGGACCGGGACAACAACCCCCUGUGUCACCACCAUCAUCCGUGGGUACCGUGACGGAUAAGACCAAGGAAGAACCUGCAGGUAAGAAAAGUACUUGUACCAAGACCGUGACCGUAUCCCAAGUUGCGGCAGCAGGCCGCGGACAAAGUGCUGAAACCAUUCAGGAGGAUUUGCGUGGUCACGGUAGUACCAUGAUAUCUAUCAGUGUCCCGGACUCUUCAUCCGAAUGUUCAGACAAAGGUAACAGUGUUUCACAUGAGCUUACCUCUGAGCUUGCAAACUGUGUGGCAAUAUGCCUGCUGGAAUAUUAG